AUGAACAGAACAAAGCUCUGCGAACGUAAGCGGCGUCGCGGCGAGCGAGACCAAGCGGAAGAACAUAAGCGAGCGCGAGCGAGCGAGGCGAGAGCGUGCAGCCUGGUGGCGUACCGCGCCGCGCGCCUGCGCCUUAAGGUGCGCCUGCAGGUGCAGGGGAGGGUGGAAAUAGCGGCAGGGGUCGCGGACGCAGCGGCCCUUGACGGCGUCCAUGCACACCGUGACACAGCCGUCGUCGUGCGCGGCCACGGGCGGCGGCGGGUGCGCGAAGCGACACUCGGACUCGGCGCGCUUGCACGCGCCGCGCUGGAACUCCCGGCACACCUGCACCACCACACACCAGCCAUGUCCGCCGCUCGCAACCCGCGCGACCGCUACCUCUGCCUACACUGA